CAGGAGGAGAGAGGGAGCCUUGGUCAGGGGCGGAAAGGGCCACCUCUCUGGGGAGCGCUGGGUGGGCCUGCUUCCUGGAGGAAGUGGGGUGCUGAGAGUACCGGUAGCAUUGCUUCCAUUGUGGAGCCCAUUUGGAAGGUGUGAAACAUUUGAGAAGGUGUGUGUGUGUGUGUCUGUCAUUUACAUAUACACUGGUACAGUACUGUAUGUGUGUGUGUGCUGUAUUAAACGACAUAUAUAUAUAUUAUACUGUAUAUAAUUUGUGUGUGUGUGUGUGUGUGAUGUACGAAUUUACAUUAGACAGUGUGGUGCAGUGGUUAGAGAGUCAAGACAAGGAGCUGGUAGACCAAGCUUCAAAUCCCCCCUCAGCCAUAAAACUUUGCGGGUUACCUUUGUCCAAUCACUGCCUGUAAGCCUAAGCUACCUCACAGCGUUGUUGUGAGGGUAAAAUGGGGAGAUGGGGGAGAACCACUUAUGCCUCCUUGAGCUCCUUGGAGGAGAGGUGGGAGAGAAAUCAAUUAAAUAAAUAAGUGUGAUAUGUAUUAGAAAAUGGCUCCAGCAACUUAACAGAAGCCUAGUUCUAGGAUUAUACCAUCCAUAUACAUGAAUAUACAUCAUAUACAUCUGGCAUGUUCAACUCCCAAGAGACUGCGAUCUACUCCCACUAUUUAAAAAAAUGGCAGUGAUCCAUCCAUUGGAUUAACCAAAGUUGUUGAGCUUUUUGGGGGGGAGCCAGAGUUGUUGAGCAUUUUUUUUGGUGGGGGGGGAUUGCUCAGAAUCAUGCGAUCAAUCAGGGACGCCCCACGAUUGACCAGUAGAUCGCGAUUGACCUGUUGGACAUGCCUGAUAUAUAUGAAUGAUGACAGACACACACACAUAUAUACAACACAUAUAUACAGGCACCACCACAUCAAUGAAUGUUGGUCAAAAGACAGUUCUCUGGCCCAAAGAGCUUCCAUUCUGAAUUUUGAUAGAGAGGAAGAGUUACUAUGAAGAGCUGACUUUUGUCACUGAAGCAUUCAAGGUAAUACCAGUUGCUUACAAAACACUGUGGUGCUUUAUCUUUGGGGGUCAGUUUGUACAUUAUUACAUUUUUUAAAAAUUAUGUUUAUAUUACUUUUCCUCCAAGGAGCUCUCUCACUUCUCUCACUUAUUUUAUCCUCACAACAACUCUGUGUGAGGUAAGUUAGGCUGAAAGAGACAAUGAGGGCUCAUCCAGACUUCCCUUUCUGCUGCAUUUUUAGGCACGGGCCCAUGCUUUAAAGCAGGCAUCCCCAAACUUCGGCCCUCCAGAUGUUUUGGAAUACAAUUCCCAUCAUCCCUGACCACUGGUCCUCUUAGCUAGGGAUUGUGGGAGUUGUAGGCCAAAACAUCUGGAGGGCCGCAGUUUGGGGAUGCCUGCUUUAAAGCACUGUGUCCAAACACUUUUUUUUUUGUCCUGGCACUUUCCCCAUGUAAAUUCAUUCUUUGUCACUGAACUGGAGGAAACAGCAAUCUCUGGAAAGCCCAAAUUGCCAUUUGUUCAGCAUUGAAGACCAGGUUUUCCUGGGGAAGGCAGCGAGGCAAAAAUAAUAAUACAGUAAUCAGUUACUUGUUGACCUAGCUCUUCAAACCAAUUUUUUAAUUUACAAUUUUCCACCCCUUCCACAAUAUCGAAGGGAGAGGAACGGUUUCCCUUUAAAGCAGUGAUGGGGAACCUCUGACCCAUGGGCCAAAUUUGGCCUGGAAGCCUCUUUUCCCUACACCAUGCCCACUUGCCCCACACCUGGCAUCAUAUGUCAAGAGUCAAGGCAUGACUGGAUUGACUGCAGAACCGAUUUCUGAAUGGGGAACUUCCAUUACAUAGCUGAUUCCUGCAGAAUGCAGCCUCAAAGGCACCAGCUAUCAGCUGAUAGGCAGUGACUACAAACCUGCUGAUCGGUAGCACUUUAACACACCACACACAUCUCUUUGCAAGCCCUAAGAGGCAACAGUCAUCACCUUAUGACACUGUGACAGAAUUUGGCCCAUGAGGAGUUGGAGAGAUGAAGACCUGAUCUGCAGCCUAGAUCAGGUUCUUUAAGGACUGGUUUUGGGGUGGUGGGGUGCUGGUGGUCCCAAAGCAUAUAUGUGUCAGGAAGCCUAUGAAAAAUGUUCCUUUUGGUGCUGGAUGCUCAUUUGAGGCAAAUGGCUUAUCAGCUGGAGUAUUGCACUUUGAUACAGAAUUCCUGCCUUGAUGGGCUGGGGUGACCUAGGUGUGUUUGGGAAUCCUUCCAAAGAAACCCCAAAUUUAGACCAGAUGGCUGCAGAAGGAAUGCUUUUCCCAAGCUUCUACACUGCCAACCCUCUCUGUUCUCCAUCAAGAGCAGCACUCUUAACUGGUCGUCUCCCCAUCAGGAAUGGCUUCUACACCACAAAUGCCCAUGCCAGAAAUGCCUACACCCCCCAGGUCAUAACAGGGGGCAUCCCAGAUUCUGAGCUCCUCCUUCCAGAAUUGCUGAAGAAAACAGGCUAUGUCAAUAAGAUUGUUGGCAAAUGGCACCUUGGCCACAGACCUGAGUUCCAUCCCUUGAGGCAUGGAUUUGAUGAGUGGUUUGGAUCCCCUAAUUGCCAUUUUGGACCUUACGAUAACAAAGCAGCGCCUAACAUCCCUAUUUACAGGGACUGGGAAAUGAUUGGCAGGUAUUACGAAGAUGUAAAAAUUGACCAUAAGACGGGGGAAGCCAACCUAACUCAAAUGUACUUGCAGGAAGCCCUUGAUUUCAUUAGCACACAGCAUGCCAGCCAACAGCCGUUCUUUCUGUAUUGGGCAAUCGAUGCUACUCACGCGCCUGUGUAUGCCUCCAGGGAGUUCUUGGGCACUAGCCAACGAGGGCUGUAUGGCGAUGCAGUGCGAGAAAUUGAUGACAGCAUUGGGAAAAUACUGAGUCGCCUUCAAAAGCUGGGCAUAAGCAACAACACCUUCGUAUUUUUCACAUCUGACAAUGGUGCUGCCCUUGUUUCUGGUCCUGAUCAAGCUGGUAGCAACGGCCCUUUCCUAUGUGGCAAGCAAACUACCUUUGAAGGUGGCAUGAGAGAGCCAGCAAUUGCCUGGUGGCCAGGACAUGUACCUGCUGGGCAGGUGAGUCAUCAGCUGGCAAGCGUGAUGGAUCUCUUCACCACCAGCCUCGCAUUGGCAGGACUGCAGCCUCCCAGUGACAGACAGAUCGACGGAAUCGACCUUUCGCCUGUCAUCCUGCAAGGCAAGUUAAUUGACAGGCCAAUAUUUUAUUACCGUGGCAACGAGAUGAUGGCAAUACGGGUUGGGCCUUACAAGGCCCAUUACUGGACCUGGAGCAAUUCCUGGGAGCAAUUCAGCCAGGGCAUUGAUUUCUGCCCCGGCCAAAAUGUUUCUGGAGUAACGACCCAUGACCAAGAGGAGCACUCCAAGCUUCCACUUCUGUUUCACUUGGGAAAGGACCCUGGGGAAAAGUAUCCAAUAAGUUUUUCAAGUGCUGAAUACCAAAGUGUUAUAGAAAGAAUCUCCCCCAUCGUCGAGCAGCACAAGGAGACAUUGCUACCUGGGCAGCCUCAGCUGAACGUCUGUGACAAGGCGGUCAUGAAUUGGGCUCCUCCAGGCUGUGAAAAGAUAGGGAAGUGUUUGAAGCCUCCCAGCCCCAAUCCUAGAAAAUGCUUCUGGCCCCACUGAGCAUCUCAUGCCUGACCUGCUGGAGACAGAGCUGCUGUGGAUCAUUUCUUCAGAAAAGGGGCAUUGUGGGAAGAAGCCCAGAAGAGCUGCUUUUAUCUACUAAAAGUGGUGUUUCUCUCCUCUCUUUCUCAGGGUUACAGCAGUAAAUUUAUAUGAAUUCAGCCUCUCAGUACAAGCAGGGCCAAGGUACUGUGAGCUUAAGACUAUUUCAAAUAUUAUGGCUGGAAAGCCUGCCUUAGUCCUUUGCUACUCAUAAGUUCUUUUGAGACUGAACCGUCAGUUAUCGGUUGUGAUCAUCUCUCACAGCAUUCUGCUCCCCUCCCACUGCCUAGAAUUGGAAGUUUGUCCUGCAGCUCAGGAACCCUUCUGGACCUGAUGAGGCAGAGCAUCUUUGUGCCAUCUAAAAAUGGGUAAGCGUCGAUGCCAGUAUUCAGCGGCUCCAGCAAAUGUACAGUGUUGCUUAAACGUGCUUGGAGCUAAGACUGCUGCUCACUGCAUGCAGUGCCAGCAACAUUACAGUCUAUUGGCUAUAAUGUCUCCCAUACCCUCUGCGGGCCAGCUUGGGCAGGUGGGCAGGACUACCCACCUGUCAAUCACCAGGCAUCAGAAUGGUGUCAAGGUUUAAAGGAGGUUGUUGCAUCCUCCUCCUUUGAGGAUGUUAUACCAGCACUAAUCAGCUGAUUGGCCCUGGAAGUGCAAUGAACUACCCAUAUCCACCAUUCAGCUGAUCAUUAGUUACAGGAAGCCCCUUUGAAGUAUUUGCGGAGGGGACAGUGCACCUAAAAUUGAAGCCUUUUUCCCUCUGCAAAGAAAAUGGUCUCUACUCAAAGUGCUUUCUCCAGCGCUUUCAAUACAAACUGCUUCGUCUCUCUCUCUCUCUCUCUCUCUCUCUCUCUCUCUCUCUCUUUCUCUUUCUUUCUUUCUUUCUUAGCUUUUUGGACUCAAAACACCGGAGGAAGUGCUUUAAAUCCAAGUUGCUUCCUGCAGCCCCCUUGGCACUCGAUAACUUCCCAGUGCAGCCAAUCCCAGCUGAUUGUUGGGGCUUUGGCAGUGCAGGGCUCUCUUUGAGCACUAACAGUCAGCUGAUCAUUGGUGUUUGCAGAGAGUUCUGAAUUGCACUUCAAAAAGGGCUCCGUAGGUGCCCUUUGGGGCCCAGUUAUUACUUUACCUGUGUCUCGCACCUGAUGCAAUAUAUGCUAGCAGGUGUAGGGCAGGUGAGUGUGGCUCAGCCAAAAUGGCCUGGCCAGAGGCUCCCCACACCUGAGCUAUAUUAUCAAUAGUUAAUGCCUCUGAUAGCUAAGUGGAACUUCUGUGCUUAGAGGCAGUCUACCUCUGCAUGCCAGUUUCUGUGGGAUGGCAGAACAGGGUAGUUGUCAUCACGCCCAGCUUGUGGACCUCUUGGAGGCACCUGGUCAGCCACUGCUGGAAACAGAUGGCUGGCAAGGUAAACCUUUCUUCUGUUAUUUUGCUAUGCAAAGAAGUGUUCUCCAGUGCCAACAUUUCUUUUAAGACUUGGUCUCAAAUGGUGCCAAAAUAUACAUUUUCAAGAAGUGCCAAAGGUCAAUAUGAAGAAAUGUCUCCUGCUGUGAUGUUGUUUUUAGUAUGAUUAGAAGAGUUCUGUAUGUUUGUUGUUAACUUUCAAAAAAUACUUUUGUCAGCUUUAUAACUUUAUUGUGUUGUUGUAAGAAAUUAAGGCCAAUAUAAUAUGUGAUCUACAAGUGCUGUUUCUUUCUUCCCUGAGCUCCUUGUUGAAUGAGAUUGUGGAAGAUAAUAAAAUUUGAAAUGCAAAUCCCGGGGUGCAGUAUUUUAAAAUGUGAGAAGUUGGGGAAAGGAAAGGAGCAGAAUUCCCUUGGGGGCCUGUCAUGCUAUAAUUCUGUCUGAUAAGCCAAGCCUUUUGGUUUAAGCUAAGUGGAUCCCAGGGGAGACAUUGAAAGACUGGCCUCUGCCAUGGAUUCAUUAAGUAGCCUUGAGUAAGUCACCUUCUCUGUCAAACUUUAUGACAGUAGCCUAUCUCACAGGGUUGUUGUGAAGACAGAUCCAAUAAAGAUGGCAAAGUUGUAAUAAAGAUGCUAUCUAUAGCCUUCUCCUGUGAAAAGGAAAGUGUUGGGGUUGCCACAGAAAAGCCAAAUUGGUGGUGAAAUUACAGAACAAACUCAACUGCAAAACAGAACCCCCCUACAAUUACAAUCACUCCCUGUCUUUGGGGAUGUAGCUGUUAAAAAAGCUCUGUGUUCCGAUGGAAAGUUGCAUGCUUGAGUCAGUGUUUGUUUCUUCUGUUGCUAAGGACUGGCCAGCUUGGGCCAGCUGUUGGGGGAAAAGAUUUUUUCUGGUGGUGGAGAUAAUUUGUCUUUGAGAAAAUCCUAGUAUUAGCAGGGACAGCUGUGAAAAUAGCCUACACAGUGACCUUCCGCUUCAUCACCCACCCACCCACCCCGUUCUGUGUCUUGCCCAACAAAGGCCUUUCUGAGAAAUGCAAGUCCUUCUGGAUGGAUGUCACCUUUGUAUAGGCUUCAGCUCAACUAUAUCUCUUUAAAGAAAAAAUAAAUAUUCUCAGCAAUGGAGACUGGAAACGAGAAAAUGGCGGUGCCCCUACAGCCACCUCAUGUGGUGUUCCUUCACCCAAGAUGCAUUAUUUCUGUCUUAUCUAGCCUAACAAAGAGUUCUGUGUAACUUGAAAGCCUGCAGACUGUACCAUGAAUGUUGGUGUUAAUAGAGCUAUUUAGCUGAUCUGUGGAUUCUAUUCUAAUGGACCAAACCUGGCUGCCUCUUUCGUGUCUGCAAAAAGAUUUAAAAAGCCUUGCACAAAGCAUAUUAAUUGAAAAGAAUGUUCAGGGUUUCAGCCACAUUCCUACAAGAACAAAGCAAACUUUUACAACUGGAAAUCCAGCAUUGCCAAGAUGAGUUCUAGCAACUCUCCCUUCGACUCCACCAGGGGGCUUCAUGGGACAUCUGGCUUUGAAGACAUCCACCAGGGUUAAACAAUCUGCACUGAUUGCCUACUGCUUACCAAGCCAAGUUCAAGGUUUUGUUGUUUCCGUUUAAAGCCCUAAACUACAUACUGGGACUUCAGCUACAGGGUUGGGGCCAACAGUUUGGAUCAUGGCAUGAUCAAAAGUGGGUCACAAUAGCAGCACAGCCAACAUACAGAUAUAUGGUUAAAUAAAUGAGAAACAUGUUCCCAUAUGCAUGUUUGGAUUAGAACUGGGUCUUUGGUUGGAAAAGGUUGAAGAUAUGUUGUAGCUAUUACUGCAAAUUUUUAAUGCUGUUUUUCUGAUGUACAAAUGACAUGAGAAGACUUGGUCUAUUUAUUUGUAUCACUUAUCAGUCCUGUGAUCCUUGUUUAUAAAACCCAAUAAAAAGUUAUAAAAACAAAACAAAAAGUAGAGAGAGGAUGGCCACCUACAGAUUGCCAAAGGACAGGAAAAGCGUGACACAAAAUGAGGACACCUUUGUAUAAUCUUUGCAUAAACCAAUUAUAUUUGCAUAUUUUAAGGAGGGAAGUCACAAUGAUUUAAAUAUCAGAGGGGGAGGAGUUACGUGCUUGCUUGAUCUGCUAAUUACUGGUAGGCUGGUUUAUCUUUAAACCAGACUUGGACUGGACAGCCAGUGUGCUGUAGUGGUCAGAAUGUUGGUCUAGGACCUGGGAGACUAGGGUCUGAAUCCCCACUCAGCCAGGAAGCACACUGGGUGACCUUAGGCCAGUCACACUCAAUCUAACCUACCUCACAGGAUUGUUGUGAAGUAUAAAAGAGGAGGAGGAGGAGGAGACGAUGUAUGCCACCUUGAGCUCCUUGGAGGAAAAUUAAAUAACACAGAAAAUAAAGAGAGGACUCAAGUCUCAUAGCUGCAAUAACCAUAUUUUCUGACCCCAGUGGUCUCCUCUCUCUGCGUGUGCCUUGUGUCAGGAUUCUCGAUUGUAAGGGAGAUGGGGCAAGGACCUGACCUCCUUUGCAAAGUUUAGCUCGCGUUGAUGGCGGCUGCAAGCCAGAGAGCGGAAGGCCAGGGCUGCAAAACCACCAGUCUCUGCUGAUGCACCGGGUAAGUAUGCAAUAGAGUCCUGCCCCGCCCUUGAGCUGGCAAAGAGGAGGAAAACAACUCCCUGUUUUUAAAACUAAAUUUUUUUAACGGCCUUAGUUCUGUGCACAAAGCUGGACCUUAAAACUCAUGGUAAGUAAGGAGCCACUAAUAAUUUGUGGUUAAUAUAAUCCCCCAUAGAUAGGCACC